GAUGAAAUCGGAUACAUUUCGCGAAGAUUUCCAGGAACUUUUACCUGCGUUCCUGUCUUCCGAUACUUGCUUGGAGAUGUUUCACUACUUGCUCGACUUGCCUUGUGUCGCUGCAGCUGUGGAAACGAGAGAAAAAUUACAAGCGAAUAACGAUUCUGUUCUGGAAACUCUAGUCGACUUUAUAACACGAAACGAAUCUGGUUCAACGGAUACCGUUGAUAAAUUGAAGCAACUGCAUGGAGCUUUAAAACUCUCUAAUACGUCAUAUUCAGUUGUUUCUUGUUCUAAGAACGUGGCUCCUUUAUUAGAACGCUUCUUCUCGCAAGUAUAUGAAGAAGACGACAUUGAUAUUCUUAAGAAGCUUUGCCCAUCUAUUAUAGAGAGAUCAUUGUCCUUGUAUGAUGUUGAAGGUUAUAGAGAAGAAAUCGAAAUAGUCUUGGGAAAGUACUUCUUGAAGUUCUUACAACUUCAUCCAGAUAUCAUAGGUGAAAUGCAGUACGAAAUGUCCAUCUUCUUGUCUUGUCUGCCAGGCAUUAUGUCUGCUCCUACACUAGCUUCAAACUUAGUAUGGUGCGUGGGUGAAUUCCUUUCAUCAGAGAUAAGUACAAAGUGUACAAUUGAGACUACAACGUCUAUGUAUGAAAGUUUCGAAGCUCUGGCUUACGAAGUUUCGAAGAAUUUAGCUGACAAUGAUGAAUCUUAUUCUAAAUUUUUAUCAUGUUUAAUGUCAGCCCUUUGUAAGUUGUCGUCUCGUAAUCAACAACUGACUGCCCGUGUUCUAAUAUGCCUUUCUAAGCUGGCCAAUCAGCAAACAACAAACGACAAAAUGAAAGGGAAUAUUAAGAAAAUAAUAGUGGAUCGAGCAAACGAAUUAUCAGCUAUUUUAAAAAUUCCAAAUUUUGCAUCUGUACUCUUCAAUAGGAGGUUAAGUGAAAAGGGAAAACGCAAUAUUACAGUUGUUGAAACAACGGCUCGUUUUCUCAGACAAGAGUAUUGAGCUGGAAAACUUUUCCUUUUCUGUGUCUAUUCAGCUUUUCAAGUAUUCUUUCUUUUAAGGUUCGACGUCUUUGCGUCUCUGCAGUAUUGUAUAGCACUCGUUGUGACCUUUUCAGAGAUAUAUUGCAAUAAAUUUGUUAGAAAAUGUAUAAAAAAGAGAA